AUGGCCGAGACGAGAUACUUCACUCCUAACGACACCAACCAGAGCGCCACACCGUCCUCGACCACUUCGCUGACUCUUGCCUAUCGCACGUUUGGCGACCCCAAGAAUCCUGCGGUCUUCAUUCCUUCGUGUUACUCCGGCAAGCUUGGCAACACUCUCACCUUUCUGUAUCUUCCAUCCGACGACGGAGUCCCACCUGUUUUGCAGAACUUCUUCUGCGUCAUAUGUGGUCUCCUCGGCGGUAGCGAGUCGUCCUCGCCAUCGAAUGUCCCAGAGGCAAUUCACGGUCCCCGUUUCCCCAAACUCACCUACGAAGAUAACAUCCGCUUGCAACACGCCCUGUGUCUGAGCCUGGGAAUCACCAAGCUCCACGCUUAUAUUGGAUUUAGCAUGGGAGGCCAACAAGCGUACCAUAUGGCGACCAUCUUCCCAGACUUUGUCGACCACAUCGUCGUGCUGGCGGGCUCUGCGCGAACGAGCUGGCACAACUACUCGUUUUUAGAGGGUCCCAAGGCGGCACUCGUCAAUAGCGUCGAUUUUCUUGAUGGCGAUUAUCAGACACCUGCGACUCGGGGAACACGUGCAUUUUCCCGCGUCUACGCGACGUGGGCGCUUUCUCAGGCCUGGUUUCGUGCGCGCAGUUGGGAAACACUCGGGUAUGCAGACCUGGAAGAGUACCUUCGCGUUGCGUGGGAGGGCGGACAGGGAAAAUGGGAUGCGCAUGACCUAUUGGCUAUGAUACACACCUGGCAAGGGGGCGAUAUUUCCAAGUUUGGACCCGAUGAACAUAAGGGAAACCUGGAGAAGGCACUUGCACGCAUCACAGCCAAAGCGUUGAUCAUGCCCAGUCGCACAGACUUUUAUUUUCCUCCAGAGGAUAGCGAGGAGGAAGUCAAGCACCUCAAACAUGGCCAACUUCGGGUGAUCGAAAGUAUUUGGGGUCACUUUGCGGGAGGAGGUGGAGGAACUAAGGAAGAUAACGAGUACAUCAAGAAUGAAGUCAAGAGAUUCCUUGCUGAAUAG